AUGGGGGAGGUGUUAGAAUUGGCCCGUCCAUUCUUGCGCGGUGAGCUGGAGUCGAUCGACGAGAAUCUGCCUAAGCUAGUACGAGUCCUGCAGUCAGUUGGAGCGGGUGAGUGCUGGCACAAGCACGGCACAUUUCUGGAGCACCUCAUCGACAUCUACCGCAUCCUCAAAAUAUGGAAGGCCCCUGACCCCGUCUGCCUCUGCGGCCUCUUCCACUCCGCCUACUCCAACUCGUACGUCAACCUCGCCAUCUUCGACCCUUCCACCGGCCGCGACGUCGUCCGCUCCCACGUCGGCCACGCUGCCGAGCGCUUGAUCCACCUCUUCUGCAUCGUCCCGAGACAAACCCUCAUCCACGACGACCUCCUCUUCCACUACACCGACGAAGAGCUCCGCCACCAUCUCAAACAAUCCGAAUCCGAACAGGACGAGAACAGCGCUUGGAGGAAGAAAGUGCAGAGGCUGGUUCCUGCUGAGGGGAUCCUAGCGAAGCACAUAAAGACCGGCGAAGACGUGUUGGUUUCGAGGCGGAUCGUCGCGACGUUCGUGAUGAUGACGAUGGCUGACUUCAGCGACCAGCUGUUUGGAUUCCAGGACGCGCUGUUUGACAACGCAGACGGGCGCCUCGAGUUCAAAGGGAACACGUACGGAGCCCUGUGGCCUGGCGAUGGCAAGCCUGGCCUUUGGAUGAACUCCAUCUCAAGGAUGGGUGCUCUCUACACUCUCCUCCGCAGGGAGGAGCUUUUGUUUAUCCGACAGAGAGGUGAUGAUGUCAACAUUGACGUGUCUCGAGACGAAGAUAUGGAGCUGGUGGUGCCGCCGGUGUUUGAGAAUUGCACCAGAGUUUUGGAUGCCGGGGACCAGAUAGCUGCCAGGGACCUCUACUGGGAGGCUGUUUGUGAUUCGGUUUCUGAUUCUGGUUCACUGUUGAAGAGUUGCAUCGAGAAGAACCCUUUCAUGGGAGAGCCGCAUGUGGUGUUGGCUCAGUUUUAUCUGACGCAGGGCAACUACGAGGAGGCUGAGAGAGAAGCUCAGACUGGGCUCAGGCUUUUGCUGGAAUGGGCUAGUUCUUGGGACAAGAGGAUGUCUUGGCAAGGGUGGAUUGCUUGGGCCAGGGUUCUGCUCAUGAAGGCCCAAGAAAGAUCAUGGCCUCAAACUUCCUGGGGCAUUCUCAACUUGGGCCUCGUCAAGUAGAACACCCUCUCCCCCUACUCCCUUCCCUUUUAGGCUUUUAGCUGGCUGGUUAGCAACUUAGCAAUGAAUAAGUUAACAUCAAUCCAUAAAUAUUGAUGUGUAUGACAUAAUUGCGUAAUUAUAUUAUAUGAUCCGUCAUUUGCAUUUUGAUGUUACUCGUUACAUUACUUGUCAUCAAGUACUCAUUAGCCUCAUUACUGGUGAGUGCUGUGUUGACAAGGUGCAACCACUUUUCAUACAUUUAUCGAGUUCCAGCUCGUUGUGAAGUGAUGGAGAAGAAACAGAGAUUUAAACUAAAGUUUUUGAAAGAAGAAAUAAAUUUGGGCAAGCAAAGUCUUCCCCUGCAC